AUGUGGGCGUGGAGGCAACUGCUUCCAACCCUGCUUGGCUCGACCUCCUGCGUGGGUCCGGCCUCCACCAAGAACUCCAGACGGUCUCCUGUGGCCAAAGCGAAAACGUUCGUCAUCACGGGCAAUCCCGAGUGUGCCAACUUAGACGUCGUUCGGCAAGAGCUUCUGUCUCGAGGGUUCGUGGAGAUGGAUGUCGAGUCCAGAUCAGACUUUGACUUGAAGUGGGGACCGCGAGUGAAGGUUGACUGGAAAACCCUGUCGCCCCCGAAGCUUGUGAACCAUUUCGAGUGUGACUCCGAGCUGACGACCAAGUCAGGUUUGGCUGAGAACUUGCAGGCAGCUUCCAGCCCGGCCGACUCCAGAAGCUUCUACCCGGAGUGCUUCCCACUGGACAGAGCGUCGGCAUUGCAGGAAUUUGCACUGGAGUUCAAAUACUCCAAAGCAUGCUGCGUGCUGAAAGAAUGGCUCUGUCAUCAAUCUACGCAAGCGAAGGAGACCUUCCAAGAAGGCGUCGUUCGCAUGGCUUUGUGCGUCGUGAAGCGCCGGUUAACGGACAUCGAUUCCAAGCUCUUGAGUGACACAAACGAAGCUGAACAGGUGGACUUUCGGGUCAAGCGCAAGGAGUGGGACAUUCUGGCGGCCGCUGAUUUCGAGACACCUCAGACCAAUGUGGCCUCCAUCGACUGGCAGCAUGAGAAGCAGCGGCGAAAACAGCUCAACGAGAAAGGCAAGCAGCUCAUCGAGCAGUAUGACAGGAAGCUCCAGCAGCUUGCAGAGCAGGCAAAGGUGAAGCGCCGUCGGAGCACGAAGAAGUUAAAGGCAUCGGAAGAGGAAAAGCCGCUGGCCGGGUCUGGGACCUUAGAGGAAGAUGAGCCAGAAGACAAGGAGGAAAACGAGGAUGUCGAGCCAGAAGAGGAGGAGCCCUGCGAGCCGCUGGAAGAGCCGACCGGCACCGAACUGCGACAGGAAGUCGAGGAGGUGAUCGAAUGUUUGAAGCAGCACCCGCAGUUCAACCUGAAUCGGCGCAACGUCUGGAUCCUGAAGCCUGCAAACAGCUUGCGAGGCCACGGCAUCAUCGUAGAAAAUGACCUCGACCGGAUCUUCCAGCAAGCCCGCAAUAAGACGUGCACGUACGUGUGCCAGAAGUACAUUGAGAAUCCGUUGCUGAUCGGAGCGCGGAAGCAUGACAUCCGCCAGUGGGUGUUGGUGACCUCUGUCAACCCGUUGACCAUCUACUUCUACAGUGAGUGCUACAUUCGUAUUGCAGCGAACGAGUACACUCUGGAUGACUUUGCCGACCGCUUCACGCAUCUGACGCACACCAUCAUCAUGAAGCACCAUCCGAACUUUAACCCUGAUGAUGAAGACUGGCGCUGUCAAUGGACUCAGGAGAGAUAUCGUCAGCUUCUGCAAGAGACAGCUGGUCGGGAUGUUUGGGCAGAGAAGGUCCGCCCGGCCAUGCAGCAGGUAGUCAUUGCCUCGCUGCAGAGCGUUGCCGAAGUCUUAUCCAGGCCUCACAACAGCUCCUGUAGCUUCCAGCUGUUCGGCUACGACUUCAUGGUGGAUGCAGACUACAACGUCUGGCUUCUGGAGGUGAACGACAUUCCGAUGAUGCAGGCGUCCGGUCCAGUAACCAGCCGCCUUUGCGAUGCUUGCGUCCGCGAUGCUAUUGGUAUCGCCAUUGAUGGCCCUCCUCCAGACAGGCAUGAGCCCGCCGAGCCCGGGACGCUCAAGUUCGAGCUCAUCUAUGAAGGACCCAGGAUUCCAAAGCUGCCGGGACUCCAUGCAGGUGUGGACCUCUCCAUUGACGGGCAGAAGAUCAGUUUGCCGAGAAGAGCAGCAGGCACACCGCAACCUUCUCCACAAAGCCUGGUUCGCCUCAGCGCCCGGCGGGUGCAGGAGCUGCAAGAUUUGGUCGACAGAAGGCGCCACCGUGAGGACCAGGAGCUCCAAAAGAAGGCCCGCCAGCAGCGACUGCGGCGACUUCUAGCUAAGAAACUCCUUGGUCCGAAGAGCACAUCGUCCCCGUGCUUGAAUGAGUGGAAGGCCAUGCAGUCCGAUGGCGACGAGCCAGCACCACCAUCCAUGGUCGUGGCCGGAGGUCCUCCGCCGUCCUUGUGCCAAGAGCUUGACACCGGCUUGGCCUAG